GGAACAUGUCGGACAGAUCACAGCAUCACAAAGACCAGGAUCUGAGCAGAUAGGACUGAAAAACAGCUCAGCAGUGAGACCACAGAGAGGAACUGUGCUGUGUGUGAGGUCAUGACUGAGGAAUGUUUUAGUAAAGAAACAGAGAAGACGGAGAGGAAAGAUCUGGCAUCCGAACAUCAUCAACACGCCAAGCUAACGUGAUUCACUGAUCGCUGUUGUUUCUGUCCCGACGCUGUGAGCGCCCCCUGCUGCUGAGAACCGGCCUGAGAAAAUGGAGGCUUGUUCUCAGAAUCUGAGGAUGUGGACGUUGAUGGCGGGCGUCUGUCUGUGCCACUGUGUGUGGGGACAACUGUUUGAGACCAAGCUGAAAGGAGCGCCGCGCUUGAUCUGCAGCGUCCCCGGGUCGCCGGGUCUGCCCGGUAAACUCGGUCCCAGCGGACCCCCGGGAGCGGAUGGGAAUGUGGGUAUCCCGGGAAGAGAUGGCAGAGAUGGCAGGAAGGGUGAAAAGGGAGAGAAGGGAGACACAGGGGUGAAGGGCAGAGUCGGCCCCACAGGAAAGAUCGGAGAGCGAGGCGACCGCGGGCCCGCCGGGAAACGAGGCCCCACAGGAGAGGACGGAGACAUGGGCCCUCCCGGUCCUUUGGGGCAUGAAGGACAGAAAGGGAACAAGGGUCAGCGAGGCCCACGUGGCAGUGGGGGAGUGUGCAGAUGUGGCAGCCUUCUGCCCAAAUCCGCCUUCUCUGUGGGAAUCACCAGCAGCUACCCGGCAGAAAACACCCCCAUCAGGUUCAACAAGGUCCUCUUUGACGACGGUGGACACUACAACCCACAGACGGGCAAGUUUAUCUGCGCGUACCCGGGUGUUUACUACUUCUCAUAUGACAUUACACUGGCCAACAAACACCUGGCAAUCGCUCUGGUGCAGAACGGCCAGUAUCGCGUCAAAACCUUCGACGGCAACACGGGAAAUCACGACGUGGCGUCAGGCUCCACGGUGAUGUACCUGAACCCAGAAGACGAGGUGUGGCUGGAGAUCUUCUACAGCGACCAGAACGGUUUAUUUGCCGACCCCGGCUGGGCCGACAGCUUGUUCUCCGGCUUCCUCCUCUACGCUGACACCAACUACUUUGACAUACUGGCCGAGGAUUAUGUGUAGAACCAGGAACUGCUUCUUUUAUUGUUGGUCCCAGACCCUUAUCAGACAAAUCACUUUUAACUGCUGAUUGUUACUACACUUCAGCCACAUCCCAUUUAUGUUUUUAAAAUCUGAAAACAACAUAUUUAAAUGGAGAUGUGGGGGAUAAAACAACCUGAACUAUUCCUUUAAACAAUCAUACUUGAGUUUGGUUUGGAUGGUUUUGUUUUAGUAGUUUUGUUUUUGUUGUUUUUCACAACACAACAACACAACAAUACUAAAACCUGUGACACAAAGAUAAACGUAGAUGUAUUUGGUGAAACCUCAAAUGUUUGUAAUGUGUUAAUGAAGCUUGAAGUUGUGUGUGUGUGUGUGUGUGUGUGUGAUUUUUGGUAUAUUUUUAAAAGAUUGGAGACAAAAUGUUUAUUCAAAGUUUAAUCGCAGAUGUUGCCACCUAAAAAAAAAGGUCACAUGGUUGGAGCGCCUUUAGCUGUGAUUACUCACUCAUUCACUGUGACAUUGUUUCCAUAAGCUACUGCAAUGUCACAAGAUUUAUUUCCGUCCAGUGUUGCAUUGAUUUUUCACCAAGAUCUUGUAUUGAUGAUGGGAGAGUGGGGCCACUGAGCAAAGCCUUCUCCAGCACAUCCCAAAGAUUCUCAAUAGGGUUAAGGUCUGGACUCUGUGGUGAAAAUGAUGUCUCAUGCUCCCUGAACCACUUUCACAAUUUGAGCCUGAUGAAUCCUGGCAUUGUCAUCUUGGAAUAUGCCCAUGUCAUCAGGGAAGAAAAAAAUGCAUUGAUGGAAUAAUCUGGUCAUUCAUUAUAUUCAGGUAGUCAGCUGACCUCAUUCUAAGGGCACAUGAUGUUGCUGAACCUAGACCUGACCAACUGCAGCAACCCCUUACCUAUUUGCUUAGUUAAAUCCA